GCUGCCCACAAGGAAAGGCGAGGCUAACGUGAAAGCACAGACCCUGGCUCCCUCGUCGCAUGGAUCGUAGCGCAGAGUUCAGAAGAUGGAAGGCGCAGUGUCUGAGCAAAGUGGACCUCAGCCGGAAAGGCAGUGUGGACGAGGAUGUGGUAGAGCUUGUGCAGCUCCUAAAUGGGCGAGAACAGUUUUUCACCACCAGUUCCUGUGCUGGCCGCAUCAUCCUCCUAGACCGGGGUAUAAAUGGUUCUGAGGUUCAGAAGCAAAACUGUUGCUGGCUACUGGUUACACACAAACCCUGUGUGAAAGAUGAUGUGAUUGUAGCCCUAAAGAGAGCGAAUGGCGAAGCCAUUUUGAAAUUUGAACCACUUGUUCUUCAUGUACAGUGUCGACAGUUGCAGGAUGCACAGAUUCUGCAUUCAGUGGCAAUAGAUUCUGGUUUCAGGAACUCCGGCAUAACAGUGGGAAAGAGAAGAAAGACUAUGUUGGCUGUCCGGAGCACACAUGGCUUGGAAGUUCCAUUAACCCAUAAAGGAAAACUGAUGGUGACAGAGGAAUAUAUCAACUUCCUGAUAAAGAUAGCAAAUCAAAAAAUGGAGGAAAACAAGAAGAGAAUUGAAAGGUUUUACAACUGCCUACAACAUGCUUUGGAAAAAGAAACUAUUUCUAUGAUCUCAUAUCCCAAAGAGAAAAUCAAAGAGAUAAAUAACUCAUCAUAUACUCACAAGAAAAAAAGAAACCCAGAAAAAGCAUGUGGCAAAUAUAUUACUGAAGAAAAUAAUAAAGAACUUGAAAAUGAUGAUCAUGAUGAUCCAGGAAUCAGUGUUACUAUCUUCCCUGAAGAUUACUGAGAUUUGGUUCUGAAGUGUCUUUGUAGAAUAAUGUUUCUAAUAGAUAUAUUAUAAAGCUGCUCUUUAUAGGAGUAUUUUAGUUUUUUGAGUGUAUCAGCCUUUCAGAAAAACAAGAUUUAAUUUUUCUCUAUAUUUUAGGGAAACCCUUAGCUUUUAAAAAUAGCUGUGUAUAAUAUCAAUAUUUGCUCUUAAAUACCAUCUUUUUUAGUCACACAGUCAUUGCAAAAAUAAAAUUAUGAUUUUUAA